UGGUCUGCAGCUUUUCAUCCAUUCCCAUCGCUUCCUACAGUAACUGGUCAGACCUCAGCUGCCAAAAUGGUGAAGCAGAUCGAGAGCAAGUAUGCAUUUCAAGGAGCCUUGAACAGUGCAGGAGAUAAGCUAUUAGUGGUUGACUUCUCUGCUACGUGGUGUGAGCCUUGCAAAAUGAUCAAGCGCUUCUUUCAUUCCCUCUCUGAAAAGUAUUCCAAUGUGGUAUUCCUUGAAGUAGAUGUGGAUGACUAUCAGGAUGUUGCUGCAGAGUGUGAAGUGAAAUGCAUGACAACCUUGCAGUUUUUUAAAAAAGGACAAAAGAUGGGUGAGUUUUCUGGAGCUAAUAAGGAAAAACUCGAAGCCACCAUCAAUGAAUUCAUUUAAUCAUGUUAACUAGCCAUUGGCUCUUAUAAUUUUUUUUUUAUUUACAAAAAAAAUAGAUCAAAUAUAGAGACUAUAGACUCAACUACCAUCUGAUUAUAAAUGACAAUAAAAUAUUAAUUCUACCCUUUUUA